AUAUAAAUAAAUACAUCCCCAUACAUAUAACUAGGGCAUGGCCGGUGAUGGAUUUUGAUUUGAGAGAUAGUGUAUGGUGGUGGCAUGCUCAACAAGAGCGAUGCAGAGAUGGCUUUGAUCAAGCCGAGACAGGUGCCAGAAUCCAAAAUUGGAGUAGUUGGCAUGUCCAAACUGGUAAAAUCAAUUGUAGCUUAUCUGAUUACAACAGCAACUGAGACAGAAAGGAACCCCGGGCCUAAGCGCGAGGUGCGAAGCAAAGCACAG